GGCGCUUUCAGGAGAGCAGCGGCUCCCGGGGAAGCCGCAAGGGCAACCCCGGCUCGUCCAGAGUCUGGCAGCGAUAUCGGGGGCGGGCGGGUCGGUGGGGGGCGGCAGAAAGUGGUACUUAAUCUGCGCCCGCCCGCCCGCCGAGCUCCUUUCCCUUUCCACUGAGGAGCGGCCGCUCCGUCAGUUCACCGCGAUGAUGGACGAGGCGGGCCGUGGAAGCACGCGGCCGACCCCGCUGUUAGACAACAAAGGACCGAAGGCGUCGGCUCCGUCGGUCUUAGGCGAGGGCCCGGCCGUCUCGGCGGUCAUGUUCACGGCCGGCGUGCUCGGCAACCUGACGGCGCUGGUGCUGCUGUUGCUGGCGCGGCGCCGUCGGCUGGCGCGGCGGGAGCGCCUGGCGCCUUUCCACGUGCUGCUGAUGGUGCUGGUGUUGACCGACCUGCUGGGCACUUGCCUGCUCAGCCCGGUGGUGCUGGCGGCCUACGGGCGACAACGCCGGCUGGAAGAGGUGGACAAGCGCGUCUGCCACUACUUCGCCUUCUCCAUGAGUUUCUUCAGCCUGGCCACCAUGAGCUGCCUGGGCGCCAUGGCGCUGGAGCGCAGCCUGGCCAUGGCCGCGCCGUACCUCUACGAGCGGCUGCUGAGCGGGCGGCCCUUAGCGCUGCUGCUGGGAGCCCUGCCCGCCCUCUACGGCCUGGCCGCCGCCUUCUGCGCCCUGCCGCUGAUGGGCUUCGGCAACUACAAGGAGUACUGGCCGGGCACGUGGUGCUUCAUCGAGAUGCACUCGAACGGCAGAACCUUCGCGCUGCUCUACGCUUCGGUGCUGCUGCUGCUCAUCCUGGCCGUCCUGCUGGGCAACCUGGUGGUCAUGGUCAGCCUGUGCCGCAUGUACCUGAGGCGCGCGCACUCCCGCCUGCCCGCCGCCUGUUGCGGCCCCAAGCUGGGAACCUGCCGCCAGCCGGAGUCUCGCAGGGAGCGCGCGCAGGGCGCCCGGAUACCCUUCUCCAUGUCCGAGGAGCUGGAUCACCUCAUCCUGCUGUCCAUCAUGACCAUCAUCUUCGCUGUCUGCUCCCUGCCUUUUACGAUCCAUGCCUUUAUGAACAGCUUUAUUGAAGACAAUAAAAGGGAUCUUCUAGUGAUGCGGUUUCUAUCUGUUAAUUCCAUUGUGAAUCCCUGGGCGUUUGUCAUCCUGAGACCUCCUAUCCUUCGGCUAGUGCGAUCUACACUGUGCUGUCAGAUACCCUUAAAAACACAACCAAAGAAUAGACAGAUGCCUGUGGAACAGAUGGACAAUUGCAGACAAUAGAGCACAGACUCAGAGAAGGCAUUCAGGUGCCCAUUUCUCAUGGCUCCUCAGGGAAAAUAUGGAACUGCGACUGGAAUAGUAGCAUGAAUUUAUUUCCUGGGGUCAUCACUCAGCUACAGCUUCCAUGAUUCCAAGCUGCGUUCUCGUUCAUCGGAAGUAGACCUGAGAGGACUCUCCAAAUUCAAUUCAAUCCUAAAUAUUUCCAGUCUUAACUGCAAGACAAUAACAAUGGGUUCAAGAAGCAGAUUGGAAGGAGCUGACUUUUACCAAUCGUGGCAAUGCUUUAUCUUGCUCCAUCUUGUUGCAGUGCUUAAGGAAGCUCACAAUAUUUCAGGCUGGGAUUUUUUCCCAGCUCUACCUGCAGAGUGUCCACAGGAAUGAUCCAAAAAGUCAAGAUGGUGGCUGAGAUGAUGCGAUAAGAGCUUCAUCUUUUUUUAUGAAUGUCACAUCUACAGAGCUUCAAUCACACUGAUGCAGAAACAUCUUGAUUUGUUUGACCAUAAACCAUGGUUAUCUCUUUUGCUUUCUCUCCAGGAGUGGUGCAACAUUUCCUAGAGAGAAAGAGAAUUAAGGAUGCACAUCAUGCAUGGGCCUGGGACCUCAGAAAACCUAGGAUGCAAAGUUGUCACUGAACUGUAUUUUUUACAUCUACCAGAGAGGGGGGGAAAUCAAUACUUAACUUAUUAAUUAAGCAAUUUAUUUAAUUUAUUCUUUAAUUGCACAUAGGUGAAAUAAAAUAAUCAAACCUUUUUUAAUCCUGACCUAGCCUUUUUUGGGGUGGGGAAGUGCCCCAUAUAGGCCAAAGCUGGCCUUUGUCAUGAAAAGCUAUGGCCCCUUAUAGUAGCACUUUGAUUUUUUUAAAAAAAUAAACCUUGGGAUACACUAACUGGGUUGCAGACAUCCAGAUGAAUACUAGGUGGAACCAAGAUACUUUUCCGUAUUUCUCUGCUAUCUAGUAGCUUUUUGGAUUUUUUCAUCUCAGAUAUGAUAGCACUUAGGUGUUUGUAGAAUGUGAUCAUAGAGUGAAGAUGACAUCCGUGACAUAUAAAAAAAAAGAUGGAACUUCACUACCAUCCUUACUUCAUGAUCACACCAUGCAGACAUCCCUGAGAGCUCUAGUAAAGUUUUACACUAUUACUUUCAUUUUCACAUUUCUGUUAUCUGUCCCUGCAUUUAAUUAGUUGAGAAAUAAGGCCCAUUCAAUUCAGUGGGAUUUAUUACCAGAUACGUGAGUUGAGCAUUACAGCCACAGUUAAACAAAUGAUCAAUCAGCUCUGUUUUUCUUAAUGAGGAAGACAAAUUACCCUGGUUCAUUAAGUCAAUGCUGUGGGUUUAUGUGUGUUUUGCCCAGAGUAUGCAUAAGCCACCUGCAUAUCAAAUCAAAUAUAAGCUAACAUACGGAAUUGGCUUCUUUUCUACAAUCAUAAAGAAUUGAUGAUAUUAAUGAAAUCACAAUCAAAACAUCAGUAAGUGCAAUGACAAAACCUAAUCAGCAUUUGUGGCCCAUAACAACUGACCCAUUUAUUGUAGCAUAAGCAUUUUAUGAACUGCAGGCCAACUCAUCACAUAUAUGAAGUAUUAUAUCAAGUGAAUAGUAUAUCUAAACUCCUAAUUGAGAGGGAAGAAAUGCAAAUGGCAUGUCUAAUGAGAAUACAUUAUACAGAUAAAAGUUAUUUAUUGGUAUAGGAUAUUUACAAAAUAGAUGCAGAGAGGUGUGUGUGCAUUGAUGAAUUAAUUUACACAAAUUGUGUGUGUGUGUGUGUAUGUGUGUUUUAAAAAAAAUCUCUGCUUUAUUCAAGUCAUAGGGCAUGGAAUGAGCCAAAUGUGUAAAAAUAAACAUUAUGCGGGGUAAUGGAAUAACAUUUUUCUAAUAAAAAGUUGUCUUCACAAAUCUA